GCUGUGCUUGCGGCCUGGGGUGGGCUGGGCCGGCCUGUUCCAGCGGAGGCGAGAGGGUCGGGGACAGAACCCCGGAAGCAGCCGCCGGUGCCCGUCUGCCGCGAUGCCGCUGGAGCUGGAGCUGUGCCCCGGCCGCUGGGUCGGGGGCAGCCAUCCGUGCUUCAUCAUUGCCGAGAUCGGGCAGAACCACCAGGGCGAUAUGGACGUGGCCAAGCGCAUGAUCCGGAUGGCGAAGGAGUGCGGCGCUGACUGCGCCAAAUUUCAGAAGAGCGAGCUGGAGCACAAGUUCAACCGUCGGGCUCUGGAGCGCCCCUACACUUCCAAGCACUCCUGGGGGAAAACCUACGGGGAGCACAAGCGCUUCCUCGAAUUCAGCCACGAGCAGUAUCGGGAAUUGCAGAAAUACGCGGAGGAAGUGGGCAUUUUCUUCACCGCCUCUGGCAUGGAUGAGAUGGCGGUUGAGUUUCUGGAUGAAUUGAACGUUCCAUUUUUCAAAGUUGGUUCUGGAGACACUAACAAUUUUCCCUAUUUGGAAAAGGCGGCCAAGAAAGGACGUCCAAUGGUUAUUUCCAGUGGUAUGCAGUCCAUGGACACAAUGAAGCAAGUCUACAACAUUGUGAAACCUAUAAACCCAAAUUUCUGCAUUCUGCAGUGCACAAGUGCCUAUCCACUACUCCCUGAAGAUGUCAACCUCCGUGUAAUUACGGAAUAUCAGAAAGCAUUCCCCGACAUCCCCAUAGGAUAUUCUGGGCAUGAAACAGGCAUUAUGGUCUCAGUGGCUGCAGUUGCUUUAGGGGCUAAGGUACUAGAGCGUCAUGUAACUCUGGAUAAAACUUGGAAAGGGAGUGACCAUCAGGCAUCUCUGGAGCCAAACGAAUUAAUGGAGCUGGUGAAAGCAGUCCGUCUCGUAGAAAAAGCCUUGGGAUCGCCGGUUAAACAGCUCUUGCCAUGUGAGAUGGCCUGCAAUGAGAAGCUGGGUAAAUCAGUGGUGGCCAAAGUGAGGAUUCCUGAAGGUACCACAUUGACAAUGGAUAUGCUCACAGUGAAGGUGGGUGAACCAAAAGGAUAUCCCCCUGAAGGCAUUGCCAGUCUCAUUGGCAGGAAGGUCAAAGUGAAUAUUGAAGAGGAUGAAACCAUCACAGAAGAAGCAAUAGAAAAUUUGUCCAAAAAAAUAAAAUCUUAAAAAAAAAAAAU